AUGGCAGAAAUGCUGAAGGUGUCUACUAAAACUAUCCAUAGGAGAAUGAGGCAGUUUGGAUUGGUUGCCCUGGACAGACCAGGUCAUCUGCCGGAGGAAGAGCUGGAUCAAGUUGUUAAAGAUGCUAUGAGUGAUAAUAGACGGAUUGGGGCAAACGGUGUCCAUGUAAAGUUGCGUAACAAGGGGAUCAAUGUUCCACGAGACAAAGUACGUGAAUCUGUUCGACGCGUCGACCCAUUUGGAGUGGCACUGCGAUCGAGGCGUACACUUAAACGGCGAGAAUACAGUGUCAAGGGACCAAAUUCCCUUUGGCAUAUAGAUGGCAACAUGAAAUUAAUAAGGUGGCGUAUAGCGGUGCAUGGAGCAGUCGAUGGAUACUCAAGAUUGAUAGUUUUUCUGAAGGCUUCCAUCAACAACAAGGCGACAACAGUACAUCAACACUUUGAAAAUGCUGUGAAAGAGUAUGGCUGGCCGUCACGGGUUCGAGUGGAUAAGGGGGGAGAGAAUACCCUUGUCUGCGAUGCAAUGUUGCGCUAUCACGGGGCAGGGCGUGGAAGCGCAAUAAGAGGAAAGAGCGUCCACAAUAUCCGCAUCGAGAGACUUUGGGUGGAUGUGUGGAAUGGCUCCACCAAUGUGUUUUAUGACCUUUUCUGCCAGUUUGAAGCGAAUCAUGUACUGGAUCCGAAUAGUGAUGAGCAAAUGUUUGCACUGCAUUAUGUGUACCUACCACGCAUUCAGAAAUCUUUGGAUGAUUUCACCGCCAUGUGGAAUCACCACACAUUGAGAACAGCAAAAUCAUCUCCACUACAAUUAUUUGUCCAGCGUUCACUUGAGUUGCAACAUUCUGCAAACACUGCAAUGAGGGAUAUGUUUCGUCAAACGGAGGAGCCUGAUAACGAUGCAAAUGGCGAGAGCGCCAAUAGUGAACCCGAGAAUGAAGACAAUUUGACAAUUGUGAAUAUUCCCGAGACCAUUAUGCCCAUCACAGCAGAUCACUACCAGUUGCUGCAGUCUCGCAUCAACCCCCUACCUGAGGCCAAUGAAAUUGAUAAAGGGCUCAACAAGUAUUUCGAAGUUCUAGAUUUAAUUGAUGAUACAAUCGCAAAUGUCCAAUAGUCAGAUUAUACAUGUUAUACAGGACAUCAUGCCACACUUUCUUAUCUGUUGGAUUAGAAAUACGCCGACCAUGGAUUUAGGAAAAGUGGUUAAAAAUAUCGUUAUUGCCUUUUUAGGGGUAAAGGACCCCAGUCAAACUUCCACACAUUUUGGGUCUAAAAUGUACAUAAUCCGGUGAAAGUUUGAAGUGAUUUGAUAGAGUAAUAAAUGCUACAGAGCCCAAAAGGAGGUGGCCAUUUUAUUUCUGAACAGAUUUUAGUAAAAUACUGUAACCUACUUGUUGUAUUUCUAGAAGUAAAGUCGUAAGAGCUGACGUAUAAUAUAUAAACUCAACAAAGGAUUUAUUUCCAGCCACUCUCCAGCCUGCCACGUAGUAGAGUGACCACGCAAGUACAUGGCUUUAGGAAAUAGUAUAGCGCCACCUAUUGGGCCUAAUAUGGGCAAAUGAUACAAUAAUGUCACACUACUGUAAACCCCAUUACUUUCGUGAAGAAAGGACAAAACGUGAACUUAAACGGAACGAAAAUUUCAACCCCAAUCCAUUUUCCUUUAAAAUUCUGUGUAAACAUGGUUAAUCGGUAAA